UGUGACGUCGCUGUGUUUUAUAUCAUCUCCUCCUGCGGGGCUUUGAUACGUGACAAAAAAUCAGCAGACAAAUGCGCGUGAAACUUCUUUGUGCAAGGCCAGCGUGUGUCCUUUAGUGUAUUUCUUGCUCUUUUACAAAGUAGGUCAAGUCAUAGCACGUAUUAAGAGUCACAGUGUGAAUCGGAGUUGGUUGUCGAGACCUCUGUCCUUCAGGAAAUAUGCGUGAGUGUAUCUCAGUGCAUAUUGGACAGGCUGGUGUUCAGAUUGGGAACGCCUGCUGGGAGCUUUACUGCCUGGAACAUGGAAUCCAGCCGGAUGGACAGAUGCCCAGUGACAAGACGAUUGGCGGUGGAGACGAUUCCUUCAACACUUUCUUUAGUGAGACCGGAGCAGGAAAGCACGUUCCCAGAGCUGUCUUUGUGGACCUGGAGCCCACUGUCAUCGACGAAGUGCGCACCGGAACCUAUCGACAGCUCUUCCACCCUGAACAGUUGAUCACCGGCAAGGAGGAUGCUGCUAACAACUAUGCUCGUGGUCACUACACCAUUGGCAAAGAAAUCAUUGACCUGGUGCUGGACAGAAUACGCAAAUUGGCUGACCAGUGUACUGGUCUUCAGGGAUUCCUGGUGUUCCACAGCUUCGGCGGUGGGACCGGCUCUGGUUUCACCUCCCUGUUGAUGGAACGUUUAUCUGUGGACUAUGGCAAGAAAUCUAAGCUGGAGUUCUCAAUCUACCCAGCACCUCAGGUGUCCACGGCUGUAGUUGAGCCCUAUAACUCCAUCCUGACCACACAUACGACCCUCGAGCACUCAGACUGUGCCUUUAUGGUAGAUAAUGAAGCCAUUUACGAUAUAUGCCGCAGAAAUCUAGACAUGGAACGUCCGACAUACACCAAUCUGAACAGACUGAUCAGUCAGAUCACCUCCUCUAUCACGGCUUCCCUACGUUUUGACGGCGCUCUCAAUGUCGAUCUAGCCGAGUUUCAGACUAACUUAGUACCAUAUCCACGUAUCCACUUCCCCCUGGCUACCUAUGCACCCAUCAUUUCUGCUGAGAAGGCCUAUCAUGAGCAAUUAACUGUAGCCGAUAUCACUAAUGCUUGCUUUGAGCCAGCCAACCAGAUGGUGAAGUGUGACCCCCGUCACGGCAAGUACAUGGCGUGCUGCCUUUUGUACCGUGGCGACGUGGUGCCCAAAGAUGUAAAUGCCGCCAUUGCCACGAUCAAAACCAAGCGCACCAUCCAAUUUGUGGAUUGGUGCCCCACUGGUUUCAAGGUGGGCAUCAACUACCAGCCACCCACUGUGGUUCCUGGUGGAGACUUGGCUAAAGUACAGAGAGCUGUGUGUAUGCUAAGCAACACGACAGCCGUGGCAGAGGCCUGGGCUCGUCUCGACCACAAGUUUGAUUUGAUGUAUGCCAAGCGUGCAUUUGUUCACUGGUACGUGGGAGAGGGUAUGGAGGAAGGAGAAUUCUCUGAGGCCAGAGAAGACAUGGCAGCGCUUGAGAAGGACUACGAAGAGGUUGGUGCCGACUCAGUUGAUGACCAGGGAGAAGAAGGGGAGGAGUAUUAAUACGUACAAAAGUAUCUAGAUUGCAGGAACCACCGCUUGAGUCCUUCAUGUGUUGUGAUGACCAGUUUGAAUGCUCAAACUAGAAAAUUGAUUGCAUCAUUUGGAAAUCUACUUCUCAUUUUUUUGUUUUUAUCAAAACAGUUAUACAUUUUAGACAGAUGUUACACAUUAAAGUAUAAUACAAACCCUG